GCGCAACAAACGUAAUCAACCAUUGCAAUACCUGCAUCAAUAAGAGCAAGUGUUGCAGCAUUGAUGCAUGUAGCAAUAGCACCUUCCCGUAAGUUAGAAUGAAAUUACCAUGCGAGAAAAGAAAAGCUAUAACAAACAACUUACCACCGUCGUCCUCUAAAACGUUUAGGGAAAUGGAUAUUUGACUUUUCGGGUAGAGUUCAACUUGAAUGGCUUGCUCAAACGUUCUUUGGAUAGCAACACAUUGCUCUUGAAUUCGUUUAUCGGAUCGAUGUCUUUUUUUACGAUCAAUGAGACUAAAAGGCGCAAAAUUUAGUUCCACAUUAAUAAAGGCCUUUUCCUGCUUAGAUUUGCCUUUGAUAUAAGGCUCUGACGGUCCAUUUACAUUGCACAAAACUCGGGUAUUUCCAUGCUGAAUGAAUGAAGAACCAUGAGCAGUUUUUUCAACGCCAAUUCUGCAGUCAAACUCUCUCAUCUCAUUCCAUCUUCGGCCAUCUGAUACUUAGCAAUGCAUCUCCCUAAAAAUCCACAUACCUUGACGAAGACCUUCUGCGGAUAUAACUUCGUAAUGUGACUGAAAAACGAUAAAUUAGAGCAAAUACAAACAUCAAACACCUUACCAUUUUCAAAAACAAAUCUAUAAAGAUAGAAAAGCAAGUCGUCAGACUGUUUAAGGAGUUGUUUUUCUUUUUUUCUUCUCUCCCAAGGUAAGGUAGGGAGCGCAAAGCUGUACAAACGCUUUCGGACGGUAUUUACGGCCCUCUGACGGCUUUUUCCUUUCAACGGUUUGACUCUCAGUAUGGGAAUAGGAAUUGAUAUUUGCAAAAUAUCAAGAUUUUCUAAACUAUUCGCUAAAGGUGUUUCUUGGCAAGAACGAUUUGCUAAACGAAUCCUUCAUAAAACCGAGCUUUUAGAAUGGAGCCUAAUUCUCAAUGAACAGAAGGAAAAUUACAAUUCAACUGCAACGGCUAAAUGGUUUGCUACGAGAUGGUCUACAAAGGAAGCUGCUUUUAAAGCUGUUCAACCAGAACACAAGGUGUAUAUGAACGAAAUGAUGUUAAAACAUUCUUCUAACGGACAACCGGUUCUUUUCAUUGAUCGAAAGGGUGAAAACCCAUUGUCUGUUCCCGUUUCUUUGAGUCAUGAAGAUGACUACGUUGUUGCUGUUGCAAUUUAUAUGCCGUGUGUAUGAUUUAUUGUGAGCAACUAAAAGUGGGCUUUAUUCAAGGAGCACAAUCAGGACGACCUCAAUGAGAGAGAGAUAACGUCUACUGUUAUAGAUCCGUGUAUUGUUGUUACUUGUGUGUCUUAUCUUGUGUCAUUUACACCUUGUUCCUGUUCAUUUUGGUCAGAAAGACGCAGAAAAUGUAUAUAGAACACGGCCUUCCCUUUGUUAACCCUUUCAACCACUUCAGCCAUAUCACCCUAUCCUUCUCUUAUAAACAGCUAACUACAACUUUCUGUUCUACAAACCGUAAUACCGACUUGCUCUUCUAAAUUCAUUCGCAGGCUACAGCAGACGGGUUUCUGCCCGUCUGCGAAGAAAGCAUCGAGAACACAAGUCCUCUUUGCCCUACCUCUACGUCUGCAGCACAUCUCCUUCCGCGUACCGAUUCACUUGUAUCUUACAUUUACCUCCUCUAUUCUUCAUCCUCUCCAGCUAUACAUUGUUACCAUACCACCUUCCUCUGCUGCAAACAAAACUCACCACCACAACUCACCCAGCAGAGAAUUCCCAGUACCCUGGAACUCUCAGGCUCAGAAACCCUUAAUUACUGUGCGAGACCUGACGGAUCAACCU